AUGGCAAAGUUCCUUGAUUAUUCACGUCGUCCUGCAUCAGCAUCUACAGUUGCAACAACAUGGUCUCAUAGUACUUCAGUUUCAAUUGGACAUAAUGUUCCUAAUCGACACAUACCCGUUAUCAAGGGUGAUGUAAAUUUUAUCAACACAAAUAAUACUACAGAAUUCACAGAUGAUGAUGCUGUUCCAUCACAUUAUAUAAAAGAAGUACUUGAACGAAUUGCUCAAUUAUCAAUCAAUUCAAUUGAUUAUGAAGAUGCACUUGAAUUUAUCUAUGAUCUAUUCUAUAUGCAUUCACCCUGUAAUCAAGAUGAUUCACGUAUAGGACGUUUAUUAAUUGAACAUGAUUAUUGUUCUAUAGUUCAUCAUUGUUUAAUUGAAUAUAUAAAAACUGGUAUAUUCAGUAAUAUAUCAGCAAGACGUUCAACACAAUUUAUUCUCUAUACAUUAUGGAAUUUCAGUGGUAUAAGUAUUGAAUUUCGUCUUUAUUUAUCAAAUAAUCAAAAAUUAAUUCAAUUUCUAUUAACAAAUUUACUAGAUUAUUUAAAAAAUUUGAAUACUGAACAAUAUCCAAUAGCAGUUAUUAAUAAUUUAAUACAAUCAAUCAUAAGUAUUGUACAUAAUAUAACACUUAAUAAAAAUCAUUUAAAUAUUGAACAAACAUUUCAUAUUAUAAAUCAACUUCUUUUACAACAAGAACCACGAAAAACAAAUGAACGUUUUCGUAUAACAUUACUUCUUUGUUUAAUGAAUCUUAAUUCCAAACAAAUUUAUCAAAAUAUAAAUAUUUAUCAAUCAUCAUUCAAAUUACUUUUUCAUUUAUUAAAAAAAAUUGUUCAACAAGAAAUUCUUAUGAUAAGUACAGGUUUAUCAGCAUGGAUUAUAGCAUAUGCACUUAAUAAAAUGCCAAUUGAUAUUAUAUUAAUGGAUGAUAAUCGUCUUUAUUCAUUCAUAAUUUUAUUUAAACGUGGUAUGCGAGAAGAAAAAUUACAAGCAAUUAUAACACUAGAUCGUUGUUUACAAAAGUCAAUACAUGCUAAAGAAAUUCUAGAGAAAGAUACAACUUGUUGGAAUUUAUUUCAACAAUAUAAAAUUUUUCUUGAUAAUGAAGAAAUUAAUUAA